AUGUUCCGCCGGCUUGUACUCGGGGUUGUCUUCGUCACGAUUGCGGCAUUCUUUUGCGCGCAGUCGGUCGAGGCCGCCAAGGGCCCCAAGAUCACUAACAAAGUCUAUUUCGACAUCAAGCAUGGUGACAAGGACAUGGGUCGGGUCGUAAUAGGUCUCUACGGUGGUUCUGUCCCCAAAACCGUUGAGAACUUCCGUGCACUGUCCACCGGCGUAAGGAAGGAUGGCACACCCCUCGAGCCUGGAUUCGGAUACAAAAGCUCUAAGUUCCACCGUGUCAUCAAGAACUUCAUGAUCCAGGGUGGUGAUUUUACCAAGGGUGACGGCACUGGCGGCAAGUCUAUCUACGGUGACAAAUUCCCUGAUGAGAACUUCAAACUUCGCCACACCCGCCCCGGCAUUGUCUCUAUGGCCAAUGCAGGGAAGAACACAAACGGCUCUCAAUUUUUCAUCACAACUGUCAAGACGCAAUGGCUUGAUGGCAAGCAUGUAGUCUUUGGUGAGGUAUUGGAGGGUAUGGACAUCGUAAUGGCUAUCCAGGAAGUUCCGAAGGGCAAAAGCGACCGCCCUUUGGAAGAUGUCGUCAUCGUCGAUUGUGGCGAGUUGCCAGUCGAAGCGGAUGUGGACUCAGACGGGAAUGAGGUGCCUCUUCGUGCUGAGCUCUAA